AUGGAUGUUGUUUUAGGCUCCCAGUGGGGAGACGAGGGAAAGGGAAAGCUGGUUGAUGUGCUUUGUGACGAUGUUGAAGUUUGUGCACGUUGCCAGGGUGGAAACAAUGCUGGUCAUACUAUUGUCGUUGGAAAAGUCAAGUACGACUUCCACAUGCUGCCUUCUGGUCUGGUUAACCCCAACUGUUUGAAUCUGGUUGGAUCCGGUGUGGUUAUUCAUGUUCCAUCUUUUUUUGAGGAGCUCGAGAAUCUCGAGAAGAAGGGCUUGGACUGUCGUUCGCGUCUGUUCGUCUCUUCCAGAGCUCAUCUUGUGUUUGAUUUUCAUCAGAGAACUGAUAAGCUCAAGGAGGCAGAGCUUAGCGAGAACAAGAAGUCGAUUGGAACCACCGGAAAAGGUAUUGGUCCAACGUAUUCUACUAAGGCCUCUCGUUCGGGAAUCCGUGUUCACCAUUUGGUGAGCGAUGAGCCUGAAUCGUGGGCUGAAUUUGAGGCUCGCUUGAGAAGACUUGUGGACACCAGAAUGAAGAGAUAUGGCGAGUUUGAAUAUGAUUUUGAAGAUGAGUUGGCUCGUUACAAGGAGUACCGCUCUUUGCUCAAGCCGUUUGUUGUUGACUCUGUCGACUUCAUGCACGACGCAAUUGCCAAGAAUAAGAAGAUUCUGGUCGAGGGAGCGAAUGCUCUCAUGCUUGACAUUGAUUUCGGUACGUACCCUUAUGUGACGUCUUCAAACACUGGUAUUGGAGGUGUUCUGACUGGUCUUGGUGUUCCUCCAAAGGCAAUUCGCAACAUUUACGGUGUCGUCAAAGCAUACACCACUAGAGUGGGCGAGGGCCCCUUCCCCACUGAGCAGCUUAACGAUGAUGGUGACAAGUUGCAAACAAUUGGAGCCGAGUAUGGUGUCACUACCGGCAGAAAGAGACGUUGUGGAUGGUUGGAUCUCGUGGUGCUCAAGUACUCUACUCUGAUCAACGGCUACACCAGUCUUAACAUCACCAAGUUGGAUGUUUUGGACACCUUCAAGGAGAUCAAGGUUGGUAUUUCGUACUCCCUUCACGGUAAGAAGUUGUCGUCUUUCCCAGAAGACCUCAAUGCUCUUGCCAAGGUUGAGGUAGAGUAUGUCACUCUUCCAGGUUGGGACGAGGAUAUCACAUCCAUUACUUCCUACGAAGAUUUGCCCGAGAACGCGAAGAAGUAUCUCAAAUUCAUUGAGGACUUCGUCAAUGUGCCCAUCGAGUGGGUUGGAACCGGACCUGCCAGGUCCUCGAUGUUGACUAAGAAGAUCUAA